AUGGAGCUACUCAAUCUGGAAGGACACCUGCGAAUCGGUCUCACACCGAGCGACCAGAUCGCCCUCUCGCUACACUUCGAGGAUCAGGCUGCAGCCGACCGAUCCUGGCUCGUUGCUCAAGCAGACCAAGGAAACGCACCGGUCUCGUAUCUCCUUGCUCGGGUGUUGCAAUCUGAGAACGACACAGAAGCAGACGAUGACGAUGAGCUUGAAGAGAAUGCCAAGCAUCAGCAAAUCUUCCACCAUCUGAAGCGGGCAGCCAAGGCAAGCCAUUCCAUGGCCCAGUUCCAUCUUGCAGAAUGCUAUCUCAACGGUCGCGGCGUCAAACAAGACUUCACCAAGGCCGUGGAACUGUAUCGCAGACUUGCAGAUCACGGAAUAUCUCAGGCUCAAAUUGCCCUCGGUGGAUGCUAUGAGAAUGGUGAAGGUGUCGAUCAAGAGUAUAACACAGCCAUCGAGUGGUACUCAAAGGCUGCCGACCAAGGCAGUGAAGACGGCCGGCACCAUAUCUUGCGGAUCGGAAAAUACCUCCACUGGGGCCUGGGAGUAUUGGAGGACCGAAUUACGGCAUUCGAGUGGUACAGCAAAUCGGCCGACCAAGGCAAUUCGUACGGGCAGUGGAUGACUGGUGUAUGCUACUACUGGGGAUACGGAGUAACCAAGGACUUUGCCAAAGCAUUCGAGUGGUAUCGCAGAUCGGCCGAGCAGGGAAAUCGAUACGGACAAGAUUCUAUCGGUAGAUGCUACAAACAUGGCGAAGGGGUACCUGAAGACAUCGACACUGCCGUCCUCUGGUACCACAAGUCCGCCGACCAGGGACACAAAAACGCCAUCGAGAGACUCAAGGAGCUCGGCGAGUGGCAUUGA